AUGGACGCGAUGGACGAGCGGCCGAUCGUCGUCGCCCUCGGGUCGCUUCCGCCCCAUGUAGAUGGACCCGUCAUGGGCUACGUCAAGGUUCGGAUCAAGGUCCGCGCCGAUGGGCCAUGGCUCGCCCGCGUGCGAUGGUGGGGCGCCAUGGCCAUGCACGAGAAGGGCGAUCUGCUCCGUGAGGGGCAGACGCUGGCGUUCCCCGUCCAUGUCUCCCGCGACCGCUUUGCGAGGUACCUUGCCGACAUGGGACCGCUGCGGCUGGACGUCGUCGACAAGGCGACGCAUCAGGUCGUCGGGCGCGCCGAGGUUCCCUUGAGCCUCGCUGAGAUGGAAACACCCGGUCUCGAGAAGGAAGCGCCCAUCGUGCGCAAGUCGACGUUCCAAGUACGAGGUGUGCUGCAGCUCUCAGCAACGCUCUUGUGGGGCGAGAAUGAUACGCCGAUCCCAAUUGCAUCCGCGGUCACCGUGCGCAGGAACCGCGAUCUCGUGCUGCCAACGCGACUCGUUCCUACGCAUAAUAGCAGCUCGAGAACACCAUCGACCGACAACUCGGACACGUACGAACAUGUGUACGAAAAGGACAAGUACGACCAUCAACCCGCGCGACGAGAGCCGUCGCCCGUCACGUCUCGCCUCGAUGCGCUCGUCAAGAAGGGCGAAGCGCUCAAGAAGGCGAUGCAGCAAGCCAUCAACGCGCCGAUCGAAACAAAUCUCGCAACGCAGCACGAUGUAGCCACGGUGCUCGCGACCGCCAAGAGCCUUGGCCCCGACGACGCUCCCAGCUACUCGUGGCGCACCCUCGUUGACCAGUACACCAAAGAUGACUCUUGUUUCUUCAAGCACUGGCCUCGCCACGCCGCCCAGCGCUUGGGCCACCACCCAUACCUGCCAUUGCAAGAGCACCCGAGCCCUUGA